GGAGUCGGCCUGGACGGCGGGCUCUAAUCCGGUUAGGGGGGAUUAGCGUGGAGGUUUAAAGGCCGGAGCGGCACGGAGAACGGGUGCGGGCGUGCCGGAGAGGAAGCGGUCGCCGCCGACCAGCGGGGCAACUCGGACGGCAGCGUGUGAGUGAGCCCGGGGGCGGGCCGGGGGCGGCCGUCCCACCGUCCCACCGCUCCGCCACCGCCCGGGGGCUCCGGCCCCGGCGCCCUCGCUGCCCAGACGUAACCUUUUGUUGUCCCUCUCUCCCUCCCUGCGCGGUUUGACAGUGUAGACGAUGCCAGCCAUCAACAUCGAGGACCUGAGCGAGAAGGACAAACUGAAAAUGGAAGUGGAGCAGCUCCGGAAAGAAGUGAAGCUGGAGAGGCAGCCGGUGUCCAAGUGCUCCGAAGAGAUCAAGAACUACAUCGAGGAGCGGUCGGGCGAGGACCCGCUGGUGAAGGGGGUUCCGGAGGACAAGAAUCCCUUCAAGGAGAAGGGAGGCUGUGUCAUCGCUUAGAAGAACGGCCCCUGCGCCUGCCCCCGGAGCAGACAUUGCUCCUAUACCCCUACGGAGUCACUAGCGUGUCCCUACCGCCACCGGUCCGUGUUGAACGAGCACAGGAGCGGAUUUCUUGUUAUUUUCUAUUUCUCCUUACAAAAAUACAGAAACCCACCCGAAAGCUGCCGAGAUCCGCGCAGGCCGCUCAGCAGGGCCGGCUGUGCCCUGCUCCCCGGAGGGCCCGGCUCCUGUCGCUGCGCGGGGCCCUUUCGCCACCCGCUUGUCGGUCGCUUCAUGGCUGUUCGUUGGCAUUAAAGAAAACCUGCCUGUAA